GUAAAGUAUGGUAUAAUAAUACAUUUUGGCCCCUCUUGCUAUAUAAACAGUCAAUCAUGCAUUCUUGGCAGCAAAGCCAAAAACACAAAGCCCCGGACGCCGGACGGGACGCCAGGGGAGCCCCAAUCCAUCCAUCCAUCCAUCUGCCAUAUAAGCUAGCUAUAGCCUAUAGGCGAGGAGACGAGAGACGCCGCCGGAUUGCCCACUCGUGUGCAGCGCCUGUGUUUCUCUGUGCGUGUGACGCCUGCCAGCAGAGGGCCGUCCAUGAAGGACCGCCGUGGCAGCUCCGGCGGCGGCGGCGACCGCUUCGCCGUCUUCCCCUUCUCCAUGGGCUGCAUGUCGCAGUCCGCCGUGUCCGUCGCCGACCCCAGCGAGAAGAAGGCGCAGGGGGACCCCUCCUCCUCGUCGUCCUCUGCUGCCGCCGCCGUCACGACCGCCAACACGGCGGCUCAGGUUCCAUCAGCAGGUUCAUCAGAAGAAGGCGCCGUGAAGGCGGCGGCGGCGACGCCGGGGCUCGUGGCGACCGGGGUGUCGAGGCUGAUGAAGGGGAUCCGGAGCCUGUCGCACAUGUUCGCGGCGUACGACGGCGACGAGGAGGAGGAAGAGGAGCGGGAGAUGGUGAUCGGGUACCCCACGGACGUGCAGCACGUGGGCCACAUCGGCUGGGACGGCCACAACAACACGGUUGGCGGCGCCGGCGCCGCCAUGGCGAGCAUGGUGAACGCCUUCUCGCUGCCCUCCUCCCUCUCCCUCCACCACCUCGACAUGGCCAUGGACCGCGCCGCCGCGCACGCCUCCGCCUGAACCUGACUUCCGCGCAGCUCCGUCGAAGGCUACCUGGUGCCGCCGCCGCCGCCGCCGCCGCCGUAGCUAGUAGAAUUUGCCAUUGAUUGCGUUGGUUUUGGUUGACACGUACGCGGAGAAGGAAGGACAAGUUGAUGAAUCGCGUUGGAAAUUGAUGGAUUCCCAUGUCUCCAAUUUGCUGCUUGCAUUGUUACUGCCGGCCGGUGCUACUACUGUGUUCUUGUUCUUGCCGGCGCCGGCCGUGAAGUGAAAACAUCUCCCUUUCUCUGUCAUCUGGUGUGAUGUGAGCUAGGACUAGGAUAUAUAGCAUCAGACGAGAAGCGUAUUUGUGUACAUAUGCAUGCCAACUUGUAUAGAUUGUGAAACUUUGGCAUCCCAUCACAUACAUCCCCAUCACACACCAAUGGUGCUUGCUGGAGCUCAUGUCAGUAUAUGUGCCUGCCAGUCACCUAUAACUCUGUGUGUUCUUUAGUCCCAAGUUUUAAAUUUUCAA